AAUUAUACAAUCCUAAUUGAUCGAGGUGGAGUUAGAUUUAGUCCAUAUUGGAUGUGUGGCACUACUGAAUAGGUUGAGUGGAUGUGUGAUAUGCAACACUAGUGUAUUAGUGCAGUGAAGGCCACUCCCAAUGUAUUGUUUGAUAAAGUAUUGAGUGUUUAGUAAACAAAAAGCAAUUUAUAAAUCAAUUCAAAUCAAAUCAAAUCCAUUUCAGCAGUGUUUCAAUGAAUACAAAGUGCACUCAAAUAUGACUUAAGUAUGGAUUCAUUGGAUGCGUUGAGUCAAGCGUUUUAAACGGUAACCAAUUGUCUGGAGAAUGGAUGCGUGGAAGUGAUGGCAAUGAAUGCGUUGAGUCUAUACGUGACGACAUGUCGUAUGAUAUUCCAGUCUUCGUGCGAAGACAUGGGCGCGUGGGCUGACAUCAACCGACUCGUACUCUACUUACGACAGGCGCUCACGUGUUGUGUCUGCGGACAACUGCUCACUGUUCCCAUGUCUUCGACCAUCAGUUCCUGUCAACACCACGUGUGUAAGGCCUGUGUCGGCGGCAAAAUGCGGUUAAAGCCGUCGUGCAGUUGGUGCAAAGAUCACUCCAAGUUUGUGGAGAACACUCAGCUUAGGAUUCUUCUGCAGUGCUAUCGCAAUGUCUGUCAGUUCAUGAUGUCUGCAGACCUGCACCAUAAGUGGGGAGACCUGACCAGCGGUUCCGCCUCCGGAACUAACAUGAGUUUUGCGGAACUGCUCGAAGAAGGCGCUCAACUGCACGAUAAGUACAACUUCUCGGAGCCGCCGUCCCUUAGGGGGUACUCGCGGUCGACGACCGGCAACGCCCGCAUCAACGCCUCCAGAAAUGGACAAAUGAACACCAAUUCUGUGGUCAACUCUAAUGCCAUUCAUUCGGUUAACAGUAAUAUUAAUAACAAUAACAACAAUAAUAACAAUAAGAUUACACUUAACGGCAAUUCUGUCGCUAACGAUGCGAUCGGUGUUAAGGAAAGCGAUAGUGUUUUGCGGACCAAUUGCGGCGAUAAUCUCACAAACAAUACCACAAAGCAUUCAAUUGUGUUGACGUCGGCCGCAAAGGCAACUGAGACGACCAACCACUCGACGGUAGGUGUGGGCACUCACGCCAUACUCACCAACGGGUCGUCUCUCAUCAGAAACCCGAACACAACGCCGGCCAAAGUGAAGGCCAAACGGCGGGGCUGUCGGUGCGGUCUGGCCACUCCUAAUCCGGGCAAACUUACCUGUUGUGGGCAGCGGUGUCCCUGUUAUGUCGAUGGCAAGGGAUGCUUUGAAUGCAAGUGCAGGGGUUGUCGUAAUCCCCAUAAACACAACACUACUAACAAUAGUUUCAAUUCUUCGAGCAAUUCAAUUGUAUCGAUGAAGCCCUCGCCCCACACCUCCCAACCCCCUUCAAUGCCCAUAACAGUGAGUGUGAGCUCAGCCAUGAGUCCUACGCUCUCGUCGAGCAUAUCGGGUACUCUAAGCCCGAGUCUGUCGACCGGUUCGUCACUUCUUCCCAUUUCGAGUACUUUGCGAACUAUUAAUAUAGUGUCGUCUCCGGGCUCUACGAGCGAUACUUUACUCCCGUUCCCCAAACUAGAAGAGGAAGCCAUCGUCAGUGACAUCGACAUCGAUGCCUAACAUUCUUACUAUUUAUUAUGAUUUGAGAAUACAGUUGUAAACCAAUUGAAAAUCACGAG